AUGGAAACGCAGUCCUACGAGAAUGUGGAAGCGGCAAUCUACUCCAACCAGGAAGAAGUCAGCUACUACAUACCUGCUGAGGAUGGCGAUGAUUACGUCUUUCCUGAUGCAGAGGGAUGUGAAACUGAGGAAGGAGCAGGAGGUGAAAGACAGAAUUACUGCCUUUAUCCACCUCAGAAUCUCACUGAUACCGAUGGGGAGUCCUAUGAGAACAUGGAGAGCUCGCUGUAUGCUCAGCCUCGCAGACAGACACAGAGAUGCAUGGACGCAGAUGAGGAAGAUUACAUAGACCCUGAUGGUGGUAAUGGAGAGAGAGGAGAAGGAGAGAACCACUGCAAUAAUCUGUGCCCUCGUCAGAAUCUAACAGACACUGAUGGUGAGUCGUAUGAGAAUAUGGAGAGCUCGCUAUAUGCACAGCCGCGUUGCCAUAGUGACCCCAACAGGCCUCACAGUCCACAUGCAUCUCAAGAGGAAGAGGAGGAGGAUUCCUAUGAGAAGAUGGCAAGCAUCACACAACCUGACACCUAAAUACCGGAGAGAUGGACAGAGUGAGAGGCAGAGAGGGAGGACAGACUGGUAUGGCACACAGAGGACUGCAAACGAAGCCAGCUGAGAAACUGGAAGGAGGAGAAGAAUGCGAAGACUAUGCAGACUAGAACAGUCCUGAGUGAGAGCGAAAGACUGAAGCAACCCAAGUGUAAAAAGACAACGGGACAGAUCACGCUCAUGCAAUGACAUGUACUUUGGUUUCAUUUUAACUUACUUUUUUAUGUUUACUUUUUUGGAUUCAUAAAUAAAAUAAUUCCUCAGAAAAAUGUAUAAAUUGGAGAUCUAUCAAUGGCUUACAUUAGACAAUUG